UCUGAUGCUAACUUUAUAGCAGUGUAGCUUCUCUUUGUCAGAGGACUGACUUCCGUUUUCAUGUUUGGUCCAGGUUUCUGGAAUUUACUAUCUUCUGGGACUCUGGGCCGCCUCUCGCUUUGAUAAACAGCCGCUGGGAUUGAGUGUUUCUGGGGAAGGGGUUGAUAAAAGGAGCUUCAUUUCAGCCUGUUGGCAGUUAGCGGCCGUCAUUCUGUCUCAUCCUUGAAAAACACGACUGUUUACCUAGCUAGCUGGCUAGCAUAGCAUCAGCCAGCUGAGUUAAACCACCCAGCAUGUUUCGGUACUUGAAUGACGUUGAUGACGACCCCUACAUGAUGGAUCCAUUUGCUGCUCACAGGCAGCAGAUGAGGAUGAUGUUCGGACCCUUCGGCAUGGAUCCCUUUGCUCUCACCCCCGCGAUACAACCCCCCCGCGCCCCACGCAGACAGGCUGGUGCCAUGACCCCCUUCGGCAUGAUGGGAAUGGGUGGUGGUGGAGGAGGAGGAGGAGGAGGGUUCAUGGAUAUGUUUGGCAUGAUGGGAGACAUGAUGGGAAACGUGGAAAGAAUGUCCGGCUCAUCGAACUGUCAGACGUAUUCCUCUUCGACGAUGAUCUCCUACUCCUCUUCAGACGCGGGGCCUCCUGAAGUUUAUCAGCAGACGAGUGCGACGAGAACAGGACCAGGAGGGAUCCGUGAGACGCGGCAGUCGAUGAGGGACAGCGAGAGCGGCCUGGAACGCCUCGCCAUCGGACACCACAUCGGGGAGCGUGGACACGUAAUGGAGCGUUCACGAAACCGCCGCACCGGAGACCGCGAGGACAGAAAUGACUUCAUUAACCUCGAUGAGACUGAUGCUGGAGCGUUUGACGAGGAGUGGAGGAGGGAGGCGGGGAGGUACGUCCCCCCGACCGCCCGGGCGCUGGAGUACGGCCGAGAUCGACGGGGGGGCGGUCAGCAGCUGGCCCUCCCGGCCCCCGCGGCCCCCCCCAGCCCCCCGACCCCCCCCGGAGCCCGGCACGAGUCGCCCAGACACGAGUCGCCCAGACACCGUCAGCCUCAGAGCCGCCCGCGCUACGACUGGUGAAGGUUUCCCACUUGGUCGCUCAGAUGAAAGGAGUUGAGGGAAGAUUUCCCCCGAUGCUGUGAAACGCUGAAGACGGACGGUGAUGAUCGUCACAACUGCCCGUCGUAAAUGUUUGAUAUGACUGGACUGUCUAUUCAUGAACAACAUACACACACACACAUACACACACACAACCAAACCCCACAUGCUUGAUAGUUACAUUAACUCCUCCUCCACUGUUACACUCUACACACACACACACACACACACACACACACACCCUUGUACAAACAUGGGUAUAACUACACUUUAUAUAUACUCAUUCUCAAAACUUGACAUGUGUUUUUGCCCACUGCACUAAAGUGCAACAGUAUACAGUACAUCUGCUGUACAGUCCAUUUUAUGUUUGUGAAGACACUAGUGUGUCAGUGAAUUGAAUUGUAUACUGUUAACUAAUUAAUCUAACUAAAUAAAAAGGUCAUUAAACAUUGUUAGAUAAUUACAAAAUGUGUCUCUGUUGUGCUUGUGUUUGAGAUUGGAUGUCUUGAAUAAUAAAUGAUGGAAUGUUUUCUAAAACUGAA